AUGACGAGCAAAUUAGACGAAUAGAUAUACAACACCUUCUACUUUCUUUUAUCUCCUGUUCUUUUUUAGUUCAACAGCUGUUUUUUCUUAUCUAUUCCCUGGCUACCAUGGAUAAAAGAAGCGAUCAACUUCACAUAUACUUUCUGCCUAUGAUGGCUCCUGGCCACAUGAUACCACUAGUAGACAUAGCCAGGCAAUUUGCUAGACAUGGAGUGAAGGCAACCAUUAUCACCACUCCUCUCAACGCGUCUAAAUUCUCCAAAACAAUCCAAAGAGACAGAGAGAUGGGCAGUGAUAUUAGCAUCCGUACAGUCAAGUUUCCUUGCAAAGAAGCUGGAUUGCCGGAGGGUUGUGAAAACAUAGCUUCUACUACUAGUACACUGAUGUAUCUGAAUUUCAUCAAGGGCCUAUCGCUGUUUCAAAACCCAAUUGAACAGUUCCUUGAGGAAGACCAUCCAGAUUGUCUAAUAGCAGCCCCUCAAUUUUCAUGGGCUGUUGAUGUUGCAGCCAAGCUGGGAAUUCCAACACUAGCUUUUAAUGGCUCUGGUUUUUUCCCUCUUUGUGCUUUACAUAGUUUGAUGGAACACAAACCUCAUUUGAAAGUUGAAUCCGAGACGGAAGAGUUUGUCAUCCCUGGCCUUCCUGAUACAAUAAAGAUGUCAAGACAAAAGCUUUCAGAACACUUGAUGGAUGAAAAAGAUACCCCAGUGACUGCAAUAGUUAAAGAUAUUAUGCGAGCAGAAACGACUAGUUAUGGAGCUAUUGUAAACAGCUUUUAUGAGAUGGAACCAAAUUAUGUAAAACACUCCAGGGAAGUAGUAGGGAGAAAAGUAUGGCACGUUGGUCCUAUUUCGCUCUGCAAUAAAGAUAAAUCACAAAGAGGGGAAGACAGUUCCUUUUGUGAGCAGAAGUGUUUGGAUUGGCUCGAUACUAAGGAACCAAAAUCAGUCAUUUACAUAUGUUUCGGCAGUAUGGCAGUCUUUUCAUCAGCUCAGUUGCUUGAGAUAGCAAUAGCUCUCGAAGCAUCAAACCAGCAGUUUAUCUGGGCGGUGACGCAGACUACAAUCAAAGAAGAGCAGAAUGAGUGGAUACCAGAAGGAUUUGAGGAAAAGCUGAACGUGAACGGACGAGGUUUGAUAAUAAAAGGAUGGGCACCUCAGGUGCUAAUCCUUGAUCAUGAAGCUAUUGGAGGUUUUGUGACUCACUGUGGAUGGAACUCAUUGCUCGAAGGAGUAAGUGCCGGAGUGCCAAUGGUCACAUGGCCGCUAUCAGCUGAGCAAUUUUUUAAUGAUAAGCUACUAGUAGAGAUAUUAAAGAUUGGAGUUCCAGUAGGUUCUGAAGCUUGGUCUAAUAGAACAGAUAGCACAGUUCCAAUAAACAGGAAAGACAUAGAAAGAGCAGUGACCAAAGUGAUGGUUGGUCAGGAUGCUGAGGAGAUGCGAGGCCGUGCAGCUGCCUUAGGAAAAUUGGCUAAAAGGGCUGUGGAGAAAGGUGGAUCAUCUCACAACAGUUUGAUUUCCUUACUAGAACAAUUGAGGAACGCGAAAAUCACCUCUAAUUGAUGGGAAUUUCUUCAUAUGUUGCUGAAACUAAACCACUAUAGAAAUAUUGUAUCUUCGCGUUUACAUCAAUUCCAAAUUAUGUAUACCAAAUUACACUUUUAUUAGUA